GUGACAACUGGUCGUUCCUGCCUGCGCUACUCGUCCCCCUCCUUUGCGCCCCCCCUUUGCGCCCUCGCAGUUCAGUUUAUUGCGUUGCGCCCUUUGUCCGUGGGGGACACCGUCUCGGGGGGCCGGCCUAUUAUCUCGACAGUCAACGUCAGAGCUCAGGAAGAAGGCACCCCAAAUCGCGCCUGGUGUAUGGUGAAACAUGACGGUAACGGAAUAUUGCUGCGAGUUUGCCGCCCGGCUUGGCAUUACCGUUGUGGCCCGGCCUCGCUGCCUGCAGUGUUGCACAAACAGUGCUGAUGGGCGAUCGACGGGCGCUGGCAGGGGGGACGAUGUGGCCUACGAAAGGAGCUAGCAUCUCCAUCUCCACCACCCACCCACCAGCACCAUGCUUCCCCUGCCCACCUCCCAGCCAAAACCGAGGCCGUCCGCCCCGCCCCGCCGGCGCGUCCUCGUCCUCCUCCCCUUUGUGGCCGCCGCCGCCUACCUCCUCUACCUCUUCCUCGCCUACUGCGCCUCCUUUCCGCCGCAUCACCGCUACAAUGCCGCCCUGCACUACUCCCCGCCAUGGCUCCACCCCGCGAUCGGCCGCCUCGUGCCCCGCCCCGGCCGCCCCGCCAGCCCGCCGCGCAUCAUCCCAGGCCUGCGGUCAGCCCGGCCGAUGGAAGAAUGGGACGUGCCCCUCCUCACUGGCCCGGCGUACGCUCCGGACCCCAGCGACACCUCCCACGCCGUCCUCACCAGCCCCGCCCUCCUCAUGCUGCACGUCUUCUCCACGCCGACCCCCGAGUCUCGCGCCCGCCGCGCCCUCAUCCGCUCGACCGCAUCCCCGCUCCGCGCCGUCCCCCCGCAGCACAGGCACCUCGUCGAGCUAAAGUUUAUCCUCGGCAGGCCGACCCCGAUCGUCGGUUCGUCGUCGGCGAGUCCCCUGUGGAACGGGACGGAAGAACAGAUGGUGGAUGCGGAAGACAGGAUGUACGGCGAUUUGGUGAGGCUCGAAGGGCUCGAGGAUGGGGAGAAUAGGGACAAGGGCAAGACGUGGGAGUGGAUACGGUGGGUCGGGUCGAGAGAAAGAGCUGGCUGGUGGGUUAUGAAAUGUGACGACGAUACCCUGCCAAUCCUCUCAAACCUCCUCCCCAUCCUGCUCGCCAACCCGCCCACCAUCCCCUCCUACAUCGGUACCUCUCUCGGCCACUGGACCGGCUAUCAUUUUUAUUUCGAAGGGAUGAUGUAUGGAUUUAGUUGGCCUGUCAUAAAAACCCUCGCCACGGCGGCCGUCCCCGCAUACGAACGCAACGCCCAACGAAACGAAGACGCAUUCAUGGGAGAGCUCAUGUUCUCUCUCCCUUUCCUCCAUACCCCGUCGUCUGGGUGUUUACCGGAGGGAGAGACGGUGAUGUUCCCCAGACCGAUACCGCGUCCGGGGGUAGUCGCGGGCGAAGGCGAGGGGGCAGAGCAUAACGAUGUUGAAGAGGGUAACAGUAAAAACGAAAAACAAAAAGACGACACCAACUACUCUCUCCCACCACCCAACCCUGAUCCAUGCACUGGUCUCUUCCGACUCGAUCUCGGACGUAGGUUGGGUGAUUACCAUCACGCCCAAGGUCAAGGUUUGGUAACAGGGAACAUGGGGGAUAUUGUGGGGUUACAUGGGUUGAAGAAUGACGAGGAUUAUGUAAAAGUAUACAACCAAUUCCGGACACGGCUCGAAGGGGAACGUAAAUGGGAAUGGGCGGUACCCGACGCGUUGUCGGUGUAGGCGGGGGUGUAUGAAUAUCAGUGUAGAGUAGGAGACAUCGUUGGUGACGCCUUGUCGGUUGAUAGUCCAUCUACACAUCUUUGUAUCUAUUAGAACCCUGUCCAGUUUUCUGCAUUUAGCCAUUCUAGCUUUUUCAUGUAAUUUUUUUUUUUCCAC